AAUUUUCGAGUCGAGUUAGAGAUUAUCAGCAAUAGCAACAAUUCCAAAGACCCUCCUCCUAAGUCCCCACAGUCCACAGAUGACAGACCACAGUCUGUAAGAUAUCCCUUUCAUAUACAUAGCAUAUAACAUAUUACUGUUAUAAACUAGUAGACGCUUGAAACCUGAUUCCCUAGACUUGGGACCUUCACUCCAAUAUACAGCAAUAAUUUACUGGUGUUUCUUUCAUCCCCACACCACGCAAUACGCAUUAUGUGCAAACAGUUUUAAUCUUUUGCCUAUUAUGGCUAUAGCUCCUCGAAAUCUUCCUCACUUUACAAUCAUACAGCAAAUGAGCCUUACGUUUGCUUUGAUCUUUGUGGUACAUGCCCUUGCUCAAGAGCAAACACACUUCAUCUACAAUGGUUUCCAAGGAUCCAACAACACUCUCCUUUUAGAUGGACUCUCAAAUAUCCACCAAAAUGGCCUCCUUCAAAUGACAAACUACACAAUCCCUAGUACUUCUCAUGCUUUCUACCCACACCCCAUCAUGUUCAAACGAGAUCAUGUAUCUUUCUCCACAGCUUUUGUUUUCGCUAUGUAUCCUCAGUUACCAAAUCAAUCCGGCCAUGGAAUCGUCUUCACUAUUGCCCCAUCGACAAAUUUUCAACAUACGCUCCCAGCCAAGUACCUAGGACUCUUUAAUGAUUCCACCAAUGGUCUUUCGUCUAAUCGUAUAUUUGGUAUAGAGUUAGACACCGUCCAAAAUGCUGAGUUUGGAGAUAUUGAUUCCAACCAUGUUGGAAUUGAUGCUAAUGGCCUCAUAUCUGCUGAUGCUGCUUCAGCAGCAUACUAUUCUGAGGCAGAAGGGGUCAAUAAAAGCCUGCUGCUAAAUAGUGGAAAAGCAAUGCAAAUUUGGAUAGACUAUGAUGAGGAAGAAAUGUUAGUUAAUGUCACAUUAGUUCCACUUGGUCAUCCAAAGCCUAACAAGUGUCUCUUGUCUAAGCACAUCAAUCUUUCUACAAUACUUUAUGAUUCUAUGUACGUUGGUUUCUCUUCAUCUACUGGCCUGGUAUCCAAUAGUCAUUACAUACUAGGAUGGAGCUGGAAUCAGAAAGGGAAAGCGCAAGAUCUAGACCUUUCCAAGCUUCCAUCACUUCCCAGAAUUAAACAUGAAAAGCGAAGCAUAAAACAUCUUAUUUUUGUUGUUCUGCUUAUAUUAGUUUUACUGUCGUUAUCCAUGAUUGUUGGAGCUUCCUGGUUUUUAUGGAGGAAGAAAUAUAAAGAAUUGCAUGAACCUUGGGAAAUGGAAUACAAUGCACAUAGAUUCACGUACAAGGAUCUUUAUGUGGCAACAAAGGGUUUUAAAAAGUUGGAGCUUAUUGGAGUUGGCGGUUUUGGGGAGGUAUACAAGGGUGUAUUGCCUUCUACAAGUAUCCCAGUCGCGGUCAAACGAGUCUCCCAUGAUUCGCAACAAGGGAUGAAAGAAUUUGUGGCGGAAAUCUCUACCCUGGGAAGGUUUAAGCAUAGAAACUUGGUGCAGCUCCUAGGCUAUUGUAGAAGAAAGGGAGAGCUUCUUCUGGUCUAUGAGUAUAUGCCUAAUGGGAGCCUUGACAAGUUCCUCUUCAGCAAGGAACAAAAGUCAACUUUACAUUGGUCUUCAAGAAUCAAGAUCAUCAAGGGAGUGGCUUCUGCCCUACUAUAUCUUCAUGAGGAGGGGGAACAAAUUGUCCUUCACCGUGAUGUGAAGGCAAGUAAUGUCCUAUUAGAUGCCGACAUGAAUGCGAGAUUGGGUGAUUUUGGCCUCGCCAGACUUUACGGUCACAGCAAUGAUCCUCGAACCACCCAUGUGGUGGGGACAAGGGGAUAUAUCGCACCAGAGGUCAGCAGAACAAGGACACCUACACCUAGCACUGACGUUUUUUCUUUUGGGAUGUUCUUACUCGAGGUGGGUUGUGGAAGGAGGCCAAUUGGCGAGCAGUCUGAUGAUGAUGCAGAGGAUCUUUUUCUCAGUGACUGGGUGUAUGAUUGUUGGAAGAGGGGAGAGAUUCUCAAGGUCAGUGAUCCUAGAAUGGAGGGGGGCUAUCUGGAAAAGGAAAUGGAGCUCAUUUUGAAGUUAGGCCUUCUCUGUUUGCAUCCUAAGCCAGAAGAAAGGCCUACAAUGAGGCAAGUAGUUCUGUAUCUUGAUGGGACUGCAACUUUGCCUAAUAUCCCAUCUGAAUAUGAUACAGUAAGCGGCAGUUUCUUCGGCGAGGGUUGGGGAACAUCGGGUUCAUAUCCAUCGCCAUCUAGAACAGUUUCGUUUAGUGUCAUGUCCAGCACAAAUUCAGUCAUCCAAUACGGUCGUUGAUAGCAGAAAAUAGCUCACAUAUUAGGUUUAAUCUACCUUGUGGAUGAACUGAUGCCUUUUAACAAUAUAUGUUGGGUCAUGCCUUAUAAUAUGCUAAAUCCUUCAGAUAAUGGUUAUCCCGGUUUACAUCAUGGUUCGAAAAUACACUUUUAGUCACUGUCACGGUUGCGAUUUCGUGGGAACGGAACAGAUUCAUUCAACGCGGGUCACAUCACGGUUUCACUCACAAAUUUGGUAUUAUUUUUUAGGUGUUUUUUAUGAUUAUAUGCUGAUAUCAUAUUAUGAUAGUAUAAUAAUGGAUUGUAGAUUUGUUAUAUCUCCUAGUUUAUCAUAACAGUUAUUUGCAUUAUAUACUAUAAAAAUAACUUAAAUAGCA